AUGAUCGAGCACACCGGCCGGUGGCACCCGGAGAUUGAGCUCGAGAGGAAGACGAUCGUCCUAUUCGGCAAUGGGUGCACGGCCGCGCAGAUCGGUUGCAAGCGGCGCAUCUUUGAUCCGGGUUAUUUGGAGAGCCUGCCCACGGAGAACCAGACGUUGACGAACGAGAAGGCGCUGGAGAUCGUGUCGGGGGGCGUCAGGACGGAGAAGGGUCUGAUCGAGGCCGACCUGAUCAUUCUGGCCAACGGUAUAACCGAUACUAACCCAAACGAGUUCGCCGCCGGGAUCGACAACGUCGGGCGAAGGGGCGAGACGAUACCGAGCCAUUGGAAGUCCUUUGGCGGGCCCGAGGGGCAAGCACAGUGUCGAACUCGGGACGCAGCAGCUGGGAUAAGCCAGCUCGGUCUCAUCGAUGAAGAGAAGACAGCCGCGCGCUUUGCUUAUUGUUCUGGCCAGGUUGCUCGGUCUCGCGGCUUGGGGAACAAGUGA